AUGGAAGGGCUGUUCACCUCGAGCUUUCAGGCAGAGGUUUGGCACUCGCAGAGGGAUGCGGCCGGACGGGAGGAACCCCGUCAGCACCUGGAGAGCGUCUGGGCGUCGGUGAUGUUUGAAAUUUGUGACUGCGGGAACCGCCAGCGUGUCUUCGAAUCGACGGACCGAAGCUUUCACCGCCAAACCUAUGGGUCUCGUCUUCGCCAGGAAGAUUCCGCUCCCCGGAUCGUGGAGCACCCUUCCGACCUCUUCGUAUCCAAAGGGGAGCCGGCCACGCUCAACUGUAAGGCCGAGGGCCGCCCGACACCGUCGGUGGAGUGGUACAAAGACGGAGAGCGCGUCGAGACCAACCGCGACAAUCCCCGCUCCCACCGCAUGCUGCUGCCCACCGGGUCGCUCUUCUUCCUGCGCAUCGUUCACGGGCGACGGAGCAAGCCCGACGACGGCAGCUACGUGUGCGUGGCGCGAAACUAUCUGGGGGAGGCCGUAAGCCGGAACGCAUCUCUGGAAGUCGCAUGUGAGCCCUAUUAA